AAAAGUUCAUCAAAAAUGGAAGAAGUGAAGGUAGUGGGAUUCUGGGCUAGUCCAUACGUUUACAGGGUUAUCUGGGCUCUAAAACUUAAGGGUGUCAAGUUUGAAUAUAUUGAAGAAGAUAUAUUUGACAAGAGCGAUUUGCUUCUGCAACUUAACCCUGUACACAAGAAAGUUCCAGUUUUCAUUCAUGGUGGAAAACCAAUUGCAGAGUCCAUGGUUAUUCUUGAAUAUAUUGAUGAGAUGUGGCCUCAAAACCCUCUGCUGCUACCAGAUGAUCCAAACGAGAGAGCGACCUCCCGGUUUUGGACCAAGUUUGGAGACGAUGAGAGGAAGCACUUUUUUGGGUUCUUGAGGAAGACAGGAGAAGAGCAAGAAAAAGCCAUCAAAGAUGCCCAAAAUUCUCUAAAAAUCUUGGAAGAGAAUGCCCUUGGGGAGAAGAAGUUUUUUGGGGGCAACAACAUAGGAAUGACUGACUUAGCCUUUGGGUGGCUAGCUUUGUGCCUUGAGGUUAUGGGAGAGGCAGCUGGUGUUAAACUACUUGAACACAACAGCUUCCCUCGCUUGAUGGCUUGGAUUGAAAACUUCAAGAAUGUUGCUGUGAUCAAAGAAAACCGUCCCGAUCAACAUCGGUUGUUAGGGUAUUUGAAAGGCCUAAGAGAGAUGUAUCUUUCACUCCCUACAUCUUAAACUAUUCUAAUUAUCAAAAUGUAUUAGCUACUUCAAUUACUAAUAUGGGGUGAAGCUUAUGGGGGUAGUGUUGGUGCUUCUGUUCCUCCAAGAUCAUCUUUAUCUAUUUCCCCUUGGCCUUGUUUUCUUAUCUAAUAAUAACAGAUUUCACCUGCUUCA